GCGAGGCUAGGCCUUCCCUCAAAGGACUACUCAACACAUUCGCUUCGGAUUGGGGGUGCAUGUGCGUUACUUGCUGCCGGCAAGAGUGAUGUAGUGAUCCGACUGAUGGACCGAUGUUCAAGUUGGUGCUUCUCGGUGUAUACCCGGCUGAAACCUGGUAUGGUUCAAGACGCGUGA